AUGAUCUCCGGCCGCUCUAAUGCUCCCUCGUUGGAUCCUCCUCUGCCCGACUCCACCACCGGCGUCCUCCCCGUGAUCCCUCCCGGCGUCGAGCUCCCCGAUCGCCAUCCACGAAACAAUGCCGCGACCGCAGCUUCAGCCGCUGGAGUGAGGGCGCUCAGCGCGCAGCUUGUUGCCUUUUACUUUCGCGCGCCCGCAAAGUCCUUCUUCCGCACCAGAGUCGACUAUCUGGCGUAUGCCCGGACGAUACACCAGCAGCAGACCAAGAGGCUGAUGCAGGCGGUUGCAGAAGAUGCCUCGCCGUCGAGGCUGGUUGCGGCGCUGAGGCAGACGUGGCUGUGGAUGCGCAGCACAACGCCUGGCGUGUUGACGUCGGCGAUUAGACAUGAAGGCUGGGGCAUUGUGCCGCAUCAGAUCAUGCCGCCGCUGAUUGCCAAUAUUGGCGUCAACGCCGUGCUGUAUACGGGCUAUCUGCACAUCUUGGGGCAUCUGCACGAGGAGAGCUCCAAGGCUACCAAGAGGGUGUAUCCACCGCCUCCUCCGCAGGCCACCUUUGCGGCUGGAUUCCUCGCAGGUGGACUGCAGAGUAUUUUGGCCGCUCCACUGGACGCACUGCAAGCACGAUACGAUCACCGUGAUAUGAUGCCCAACGACGGCAGCAACCGGGUUCGAAGCAUGUGGACGUUUAGCGCCGAGAAGCUGAGAGAAAUCGGACUACGGGGCAUCUUUGCCGGAUGGGGCGUAUCGUUUGUCAAGGACAGCCUGGGAUGCGCCAUCUUUUUCAGCACAUUCGAGUAUAUCAAAGCCCAGUCGUAUUAUCGCUUCGUGGCGUGGUACUACGGAGGCCUAGAAGAGAACAUUGUCGAUCUUCUUGCGACAAAACGGCCUGCAGACAAGCCUACGGAUGGUGGGAUUCAGCUGAUCCGACCACACUACGCUAUUGAGCCCGCGUUCCUCCUUGGUGCUGGCAUAAGCGCAUCCUUCACUCAGCAGCUACUGCUCCACCCUCUCACGCACUUUCAAGUGAAACACUGGGACCAUCUGGAAGAACUCGACGAGAAAGCCGCCCGGCUGCGCGCAUCCCGCGCUGCUAAUCCAGAGAAGCCACAUCGCCGAUGGAGGAUGCUGCGGGCUUACUAUCACGCCUAUCAGGAGACUUUUGCUGCUUGUACGGCGGAGGCUUCGGCGGAAAGACUGAGUCUGGGAAAGUGGCUGUAUCGCGGAUUCUGGUGGAACACAAUUCGGCAGGUUCCGAGCACAAGCGCCGGUUUGAUCAUUUUUGAGCUUAUUCGCCGGAAGUAUGGGUUUGGAAUGGACGAAGUGCGCAUUAAUACCGAGGAUGGAUACGACAUCUUGCUGCAUUAG